CCCAGGUCGAACAACAACGAGUCCACCUAGUUGACAAGUGAAGUAGGACCGCCUUUAAUGAGAGUCGUUUGCAAUUGUUUCAUUUUCUUUUACUAGCCUUCUACUAGACGUAAGCGCCACUCUUCCAACUCAAAUUUCGUUUAGGCAACAUGUGUCGCCCUCCGGAUCUCCUCCCCCAGGCCGCGAACUUUCAGCCGCAGCCCGCUGGCGCUGCCGCUGUUCGCGGCGCCGGUUAUGAUCUCGCUCGCGCCGCAGCUGCCCUCGCUCGGGGCGGCGCGGGACCACCCGCCACGGGCCUGCCUGUCUACUCUCGCUCGCCAGGCGCCGCAAUUGGCGCCGCAACCGUCGGCGGGAGAAAUGGAUCUCUCCUGGCCGCCCCGCAGCUGCCGCUCAAGCGACCGCUCGCUUCGUGCGCCGGCCCGCAGCUCUCGUCUCCGUUCCAAGUGCCCGCUAAGAUCAUGCGCCAGUCGGCGUGCCCGUCCGUCUCUUCCGAAUUCGACAACGCCGCGUCCAACUUUAUAGCGCGUAUGGAGCAGUCCGUCGUAGAAGACAUCAAGCGGCAGCAGCAGCAGCAGCAGCAGCAGAAGCUCCUCGAGUACCUCUCCCAGUCGCAGCAGCUGUCGGGGGGCGUCGUUCCCUUCCCCGCGCCGACUCCUCCCCCUUCCGCCGCCAUGGACUCCUGGCUCCGCGCGGCCGCGGGCAUUUCCGCCGGCGCAUCCGCCGCCGUUAACACCCCGCUCGCCGGCGCAGUUACCGGCCUUCCCGCGGCGAGCAUGCUCUCCGCGGCGUCAGUUGCGGCGACCGUGUCGGGCGUUCCUUUCCUUCCGCUCGGCGCGCAGCUCGCUCCCGCCGCCGGGUCGACCCCCGCGCUUGGCUCCGCCGCGGCCGACUUCGCCAGCAGCUUGAUGGGGAUGGAAGGCGAGACGGAGGAGAAGAAGACGAAGCGCAUCAUGUCCAACCGUGCGUCGGCGAAGCGGUCCCGCCAGCGGCGCCAGGAGCGCCUGGAGGAGCUGGAGCGCGAGACGGAGGUGCUGCACGCCGACCACGCUCAGGUGGUGGCGAAGCUUGGGCGCGCGACGCAGCAGAUGAGCCGCCUGGAGGAGGAGAACUGCCGCCUCAUGGCGGAGCUCGCCGCGCUGCGCAAGGCCGCCGCCGGUGCGGGCGUCGCGCUCAACCUCGAGGGAGCAGCCGCGACAGGAGCAGUUGCUGAGGAUGGUGCUGCUGCGAAGGUGAAGGGAAGCAAUGCCAGCUCCAUCAGUGGCGGUGAAGGGUGGGAGAGCGCGGCUGAGUUCAAGACCGCGCCUGCUCCCAGUGUUUUUGUGGACCUCAUGCCGGCUAACCAGGUUGAGACGGCGCCAGAAGAAGCCGAGAUUGCUCCUGUUGCUGACCCUGCUAAGGUGGCCGCGGCGGCUGCUGCUGCUGUGGUGAUGAAGGGAGAAUUUGCGUUUGAGCAGAAUUCGCCCGAGAGUGCUGUGACUGAGUGGAGCAACGAGCAAACUGAGCUGGAGACUCAGGCUGCUGCUGGUGUUGCUGUGGCCGGUGGGGAGGGAGAGGACUUGGCCGGGCUGCUGCUCGGCAGGAUUGACUGUGGCGGGAUUGGGGGCAUUGGCAGCAUCAUGGAGGAUGAGCUCUUCUCCAGCCUGCUCUCGUGCUUCGACGCCACUGCUUAGGAGGCUGUGCCCUCAAGACCUCUCGAGACGAUGACAACAAUGAUGAUGAUGAUGAUGAUGGGAUAUGCUUUGUCAUGCACGCUCCGUGCCGUCUGCUGCUUCACUCUACUAGUGCCUGCACCGGACGUGGUCCGACCCGCCCGACCCGCUUUUUCAUCGCCAUGCUUUGCUGGACAGAUGCAACCACCCGACCCCGACUCCGGCCUCCAUGCUCCAUGUUCUCCCAUGACAACGACUCUAUGCCCAUUGCUCCAGUCUCAUCGCUUUAGGCUCAUCGUUCCAGGCUCAUGGCUCCAGGCUCAUCGCUCCAGGCCCAUCACUUAGCGCUAAUUGCUUCCGCCACCAGCCGUCCUUUGACUCUCCUGCACCAGCCAUUCCGACCCCGAUGCUCCAACAUUUCUCUGCACCUCAAGUGCAGUUGCUGCUUGCCUGCUCCCACCUGCUUCUUUCCCAUCAUUGCUGCUCUCCUCCAUUUCCGUCCCCGUUUCUUUCUUCCCCCCUUCACAUUCCUCCCUGCUCAUCUUCCUAUCUGUCACAAGCCAUCUCACUGCCACCAGCCACGCCUUGUGUCCUUCCUGGGGCGCCCUGCACCUUCUUCUCAGCCGAUGCUUUCAUGUCUGCACAGUGCAGAGUCUGUAGAUGGCGCAAGUGCCCUUUUCAAGCACCUAUGCCUCGUCGGACGACCUGAAAUUGUUCUGAGUUGUGAUAAUGAGGGUGUGCAGCUGCUGAUUUAGGACGGGCUGUACAAUGGGUGGUGGUGGAUUUAGUGGGUGGUGGACAUUGUGGAAUGACCCAGCUUUUGCGCUGCUUUCUAUUUCGUUGUACAUUCUUCAGCCUUUUUGGCUUGCUACCUCUAAUGCUAAAACACUAAAAAUGUGCAUGUGAA